AUGGCCGCCGCCGCCUCGUGCCGCUGCAGCGGCGUGGUGUUCGUGGGCAACAUCCCCUACCACGCCAGCGAGGACGAGCUCCGCGCCGCGUGCGAGGAGAUCGGCCCCGUGGUGUCCCUCCGCGUGGCCCCCGACGACAGCAAGGGCAGCAGCAGCAGCCGGCCCCUGCCCCGGGGCUUCGCCUUCGUCGAGUACCUCGACGACGAGACGGCCCUCAGCGCCUGCCGCAACCUGCAGGGCCGGGCCCUCCGUGGCCGUGACCUCCGCGUGGGCCUAGCGCAGCGCACGCCGCCGCCCGCCGGCUGCGGCGACGCCGAGCCCGUGGGCGUCGAGGGCGCCACGCACGCCGCGUCGCUCCUCGGGCCGGGCGCCCGCCCCUGCGGCGCCGUCACGUCGUACCUGGCCGGGCUGAGCCGCCGGCAGCUGGGCGAGCUGCUGGACGCUCUGGAGCGGGAGGACGCGGCGCUCAUGGAGCAUGGCAAGCGAGAGUUCGCUGGGCUGGACACGUUGAUUGAGCAGGCACGGGUGCUACUCGACAUGGCUUCGGCGCCUGGCGCCGCGGCGGCUAACAACAGGAAACGCGGCGCGAGGGGGCAGGACCGGCCAGGUGAUCCACGUUCACCGGAGGCCGCAGCCCAGGCGCCGAAGCUGAGAAGGGUGCAGGACGUCGGCGAGUACGUUCCUGGCAUCGCCUACCGCUGA